AAGGAAGAGAAGGACAUUGCAUUGGAGAAACGGGAAGACAAGAAGGCCAAGAAAAGAAACCACGAAAAGGCUUUGCAGAAAGACUCCCCAGCAGGGAAGCCCGAAGAGGACUUAGAUCGAGUAAGAAAGGCAAGGAAGACCAACGACCAGGCGAAAAGGACAGAUAAGACAGUUUCGAAUGCCGAAAAGAUGGAACAGCAAUGGGAGCAGAAUCCAAAGCUCUCAAAGCAGGAGGGAAAAGAUUCAGGCAGAGCGAAGCAGGCGACCACCGUGAAGAAGACCAUUGACAAAGAACAUGAAAAAGAAGGGGCAGACAAAUUUUCCGCUUAUGAAGUUGGACAAAUUAUGGAAGAUAACACUUUUAAUAAUUUGCUCAUCACUUUUUGCAUCUACCGAGAAGCGCGCAGACGCUGCAGAGGUCAGAAAGAGACAUCGGAGGGCGGGGCUCAAACGUUGUUCAAACGCAAAGUGGAGAACAACCAACGCUUAAACAACAAGCAAAAAAGAGGUAUCAUGAAGGUGUUCGAGCACAAGUUCCGGCAGUUGAACAGGAACAACAGCUUUAGACAUAAGGAUGACAAGAUAAUGAGUUUUACACGGAUUAUGAGAAGGGGGCACUUUCUCAAUGUUCACCAUUACCAUGACCACCACAACCAAGUACUGUACAGAUUAAGGCCUGAGGUGACCAAAGCAGACUUUUACACCGUGGCCGUGUUGGCCUACUGGACCGGCGAUCGGUUUUUCGUCGAAAAGAUCGUGGAGUGCGUAAACAAGGAAGUCGAGAACAAACACUACCAAGAGAAUGCCUUGGCUGAGCAGCCCGUGCUUUUCUUUGAAAGCUGGGUGAAAGAACACCUCAAGUCCUUCAGCUGGAAGGAAGACACCAUUCCUGCCUUUUUCCAUCGACGCUUCCGACCUUGCAUCCAAAAAGAUUCGACCUACCGGAAAAUCUUGGCCGAAAGCUUGAUGAAGGACAACGGCAAGUGUGCCAAGCGCAACCUGAAAGCCUUCACAAUCGAGGCAAUGCGCCAGAUUCUGGACAAGAACCGUUUCCUCAAGCAAGAGGUGAUUCAGGACGUGGUGGCUGCACAGUCCUAUGACAGCAUCUUCAGCGUUUUGGAGCAUGUCGCGACGGGAAGCGAGCCAGGAUUCCACGCGAAGAACUUAGCCAACACCCUAGAGCAUCGCUUCUUUGAUUACAGUUGGAAGCAAAGCCCGGAAUCAGACCUCAACGGGCUGGGCCCAGGAUUCCGUCAAAUGGCACACAUGAAGAAGGGCUACGACAAGAAGGCAAAAAUUUUGAAGGAACCGGAGCUUACGGAGGAUUUGAAGGAAUCCACGAAGCUAUUGCAAGAUGCGUGGCCGUGGAAGUCCCGGAUCCGGCUACGGCACGUGCAAUCUGCGUACUGCGAGCUCCAGAAGUUCCUCUCUCUUGCACGCAACGGCUUCCCCCCAACCACAUCAGUGCGAUCAUCCUGCUUGCCAGAGCUCAGCUACGAGACCUCGCGCAAACUGGCGGACAAGUAUGAAAAGAAGAACGGAGAAAAAGACGAGGAGGAAGAAGAGGAAGAAGAAGAUAAAGAUAACGGCAGCAGUCGGCGCAGACUGCGGCAGGAGUGAUUUUGCACUUCUUGCUGAGCAUAGCCGCGGCACUCUUUCUCUCUAUGCGAUUGAGCAAAGUUUUGAAAAGUCCAGGAUCGAAAGGCUGCAGUGCUGCAGGCGGUGACGGUGAGGCUCUGAGGCUGAGAAGCGUCGAAGAGCGUCAAAGAGCGUCGAAGAGCCUGAAGCCUGAGCCUGAAGCAUAGCAAAACGCUACUGCCGAAAGCUGCAAAGCAGACGAGUGACGAACAUUUUGUGCGAUUGCC